AUGCGGCAAACGCAGCCGCCGGCCGGGAGCGUCAGUCUCGCGGCCGCCAGUGACAGUCCCGGCGGCGGCAACAAGAGCAGCACGCUCCUCGAGGAGCGUUUUCCCGCCCUCAUUGGGCCGACGGUGCCGUGGAAGUACCGCCAGCCGCGCCUCUUGGGCCGUGGCGCCUGGAGUACCGUCUGGACCCUCAUCGACAACGCCACAAAUGAAACUGUCGUGGGUAAGCUCUCUAAUCUGGCGCUCAUGUCGGAGCAGAAUAAAAAUUUUGCUCGCGCCGAGGCUGUGAACAUCUUGAGUUGCGACCACCCAAACAUCAUUCGUCUCCUGGAAUCAUACGAGCAGGAAGGGAGCUUGCUGCACGUAUUAGAAUACGCUGACGGGGGGGAUUUGAUGGCGCAAGUGGAGGUUCGCGCGAGUCGUUCGUGUCGGGUAGAAUACGGUAUCACCUUUGCACCCCGCAAAGGCGUCACAGAGGCCGCACCGUUGUAUUACAAGGAGAAGGAGGUCCUUAUCAUCAUGGCGCAAAUCUGUCUUGCCGUGAAGUACAUUCAUGCGAAGAAGAUCAUGCAUCGUGAUAUUAAAACGUCCAAUGUUUUACUUCAAAAAAACGGGCUUAUUAAAUUAGGUGACUUCGGUUUGUCGCAACAGUAUAACCAAAGCCUCUCUUCUGAUGUGGAGAAAACGUUCUGCGGGACACCCUACUACCUUUCUCCGGAGCUCUGGCGCCGAGAAAGCUACAGCUACAAGGCGGAUAUCUGGUCCAUGGGCGUCCUGUUUUACGAACUGAUGGCACUGCGAAAACCGUUUAUCAGCAACGACAUGCAGGAGCUGAUGCAGCGAGUGCUGACAGAGGGCAGCUAUGACCCGCUGUCAAGAGAGAGGUACAGUCAGGGGUUGUGCGAUCUUUGCUGCGCCAUGCUGCACGUCAACCCACACGAGCGACCGAACAUCAUGGAGGUUAUUGAGACGCCCAUCAUGCUGAAUGGGGGCUUGGAGUACCUGAAAAAGAACCUGCUGAGGCUGCGUGACAUUGAGGACGCAGUGCGAAGUCGCCUGUUGUGGGAGGUGGAGUCCGUGCAGCAUAUGUGUCGUAUUGGCCGCUCGUUGUCUGCGACGAGGAGCAUCAGCGCGGAACGGAAGGAGACGCAGCCCUCGAAAGACGACGAAGACGGCGCCGCGGCCGGACCCGGCGUUGCGUAG